ACGCUGGAUUUCCUGGUGGCGCUGUACACGCUUUAAGUUGAACGCUCAGUGACAGGUGAAAGGAAGGCAGGGAAGUCUGCAGGUCACUCACUGAUUAACGCAAUCUAAAUGGCUCUUUCUAUAAAUACGCCCGUCGAAGGUUUUCCCAGUGAUUUUGCAUGGGGAGCUGCAACAGCUGCUUAUCAAAUCGAAGGGGGCUGGGACAUGGACGGUAGAGGCCCCAGUAUAUGGGACACUUUUUGCCAUAGUAAAGGCAGAGUGUUUGAGGAUCACACUGGAGAUGUGGCCUGUAACAGCUACCAGCUGUGGGAUGAAGACCUGAAGUGUAUCCAGCUGUUAGGUCUCACACACUACAGACUGUCCUUCUCCUGGUCACGGCUGCUUCCUGAUGGAACCACAAGUGUUGUCAACCCUAAAGGUGUAGCCUACUAUGACAAAGUGAUUGAUGACCUAAUUGCAAGCGCUGUUGUGCCCAUGGUCACCCUAAACCACUUUGACUUACCUCAGGCUCUGCAGGACCGUGGUGGAUGGGAGUCUCCAGAGAUUGCAGAUGUUUUUGACUCAUAUGCUCAGUUUUGCUUUAAGACAUUUGGGGACAGAGUGAAGCUUUGGAUUACACUGAACGAGCCUUAUAUCUGCGCUAAACUUGGGUAUGAGAAUGGGCUUUUUGCCCCAGGUCUUAAAAAACCAGGGACCUCAGUCUACAUUGUAGGUCACAAUUUGCUGCGUGCCCAUGCUAAAGCCUGGCAUAGCUAUAAUGCCCACUUUAGAUGUCUGCAGGAAGGAAGGGUGUCCAUAGCUCUUAACAGUGACUGGGCAGAACCUUUAGACCCAUGCUGUCCUGAAGACGUGGCUGCUGCUCAACGAUACAUGGACUUUAACCUGGGCUGGUUUGCUUGCCCAGUGUUUGGCACAGGGGACUAUCCAGAGUCCAUGAGGUCCAGGAUUGAGGCUCAGAACAUUAAACUAGGUUUUACUGUGGUACAGCGUUUGCCCAAGUUUUCAGAGGACGAGCCUAGUCCUUUAGGCACAGCAGAUUUCUUUGCAUUGAACUACUAUACAUCACGCAAAGUGAAGGACACAAGCUCUUGUCCCAGUGAGCUCAGUUUCAUCGGGGACCAGGGAGUGGAGGCUAUAAUAGAUCCAUCAUGGCCAGUGUGUGGUGUGUCCUGGCUUGCGGUUAUGCCUGAAGGACUGCGCAAGUUACUGAAAUACAUAAAGGAGACUUGCAACAACCCGGCCAUUUAUAUCACUGAAAACGGCUUCUCACAGAUUGGGCCUGUGGAAUUUGAAGACAUUGAACGCUCCCAGUUUUAUCAGGAUACCCUUCAACAUGUAUCAAAAGCUAUCACAGAAGAUGGUGUAAAUGUGAGAGGAUAUUUUUCCUGGUCACUUCUGGAUAACUUUGAGUGGUCCGAUGGCUUCAGUGUGAGAUUCGGCCUCUUCCAUGUGGACUUCUCUAGCCCUGAGCUAAAGCGUACAAUGUACCGCUCUGGUAAAGAGUAUGCAGCUGUAAUAAAAAGAUAUCGCACCUAUACCAAGCCGGAUAACUGAAAUCAACACUCUGAUAUCUAUACUGUGCAUUAAUUUGAUUGUCUGGACACCAAGAACAAACAAAAUUGCUGAAAACAAUAUUGAUGACUGAUUUUGUAGUUUUUAAAACCUAAAAAUAUACAAAUCUAUAGAAUAAAGCACAGUUUAAUGCACAGAGUAGUGUGUUUUUAGCAAAUCCAAGGAUUUUUAUAUGAUGUGUGAUCAUUUUGAUAUAGAGGAGAUUUUUACAAAACAAUAGUGGAACCUAAAAACUUCAAAUUACUUUAUCCAACUGUGUGUAUGCGUGUGUAAAACCUUAGGAAAAUCAUUUGACGAGGUUAAGAGCAGAAAAGGGUAGUUGAAGGAGGUGGAGCUGUAGAAUGAGCUUAAGGGCCACAGGUGAUGAUUAAAUACAUGAUCGAUCAGUUACACAUUGACAUCUACAUGCUGUACAAAUUAGGGAAUAAACUUGAAAAGCUAAAUAAAUUUCAGCUGUGACACUGGAUUGAUUUGACCGAGUAUAUGAAUGACAGGGAGAGGUUGUGGUAUGUUUACAUUUUGUUGAUGAGCACUGCCACACGGUGGUGUAAAAUGGUAUUACAUGCACAGAAGAUUUCAGUCACAGCAGAGUGCAUUAGGAACUAGCACCUCAUUGCAUGCUGCUGAAAAGGAGACUUUUACCACAAGUGUUAAUGUAAUGUUUUGUUGUUAAUGUUUUAUUCUGAUAAUAUGUUGCAUCUUUAUAGUUUUUUUUCAGCAUAGAAGAUGAUUUACUUCUAGACAUCAGGCCUCUUCAGGAGUAAUCGCAAACUAUUAAACACAGAUAACUAAAUCGUUUCAAAUUAUAACUAAAACAUGAAUGAUAAUCUCUAUCACAUAGAAAUAAAUACCAUUUUGUGCCUCAUAUAAUUAUAUUCAGCCAACUUUCAAGCAACUCUAUUUUUCCUUUGUUUCUAUAUGUUGAAAUCACCAAAUGGGAUUUAAAAUAAUAUAUAAUAUAUACUUUACAAUAUAUAUCUAAUGAGAGCCCUGUAAGGUAAUAUACAUGUAUUGCCAUAUAUAGAUAGUCCCAUGGCAUUAAAACCUAAUAAGUGAAUGACUCUAAGGAAUACCACGUGAUGGCUCAGACAAGCCAUAACACCAGUCAGUUAUGGAAAGUAUGAUUGAUGGUCUUCCACUGCUCUCGUUCACUAAUGCUGUUUGCCAUUCAAAUCAUUCAUUGUCACACUGUACUUGAACCUUGCCUCAUAAAAAAUAUAUCCAGCAGUGUCAUAAAAAUGACAUGGCAGAUUGCAUGGCAGUUUUUAACAUUACUUAAUUAAUUGUCAUGAUAGCUGUCAUAAUGUUUGUUGUCAUGUCGAUUUAUAUAGCACGCUUUUUUUUUUGCUGUGUUCCUGUUAAGCAUAAGAUUUUAUUACAUCUUUUAUGUUAUUACACACAAAGUGUCAAAAUGCUUGAUGAAAUAUGUUACCAUCACUGUGACCUCAUAAGAAAUAUCACUUUUCAAACUACAUUUGGCAUCGCUAUGCCUAUGGCAGGGCCAUAAUGUCAUUGUCGGUUUAUUUAGCUAACGUUUAAUCCUCGCCCUAUGUAUCAAAAGAUUACCAUUUGAUGCUUGUCCUCAUGAAAACAUCUUGGAAGAUAUUGUCCUUCUCUCUUUGUUGCAAUUAAAUAAAACAUCUCCAUACAUGUUA